AUGAGCAUUAGCAAGGAAGAAUUAAAUAUACUGCUUAAAGAAUGUCAAUUAAAUAAACAUAACAAUCCUGCAUAUAGUCUAUCAAAAUUACAUGCUAUUGCUGACGAUCUUAUUGGGCAUGUUGAACGAUCCCAUGAUAUUCGAAAAAUAUUUAGUGUUCUUCUUAAAGAUGCUAUACAAAGUGAAAUAGAUUCAAUUAGUUCUCAUCAAAAAGCCAAUGUUGAUAAUAUUCAUCGUCAUAUGAUAUUAUUCUCAUUAGAUCUUCUUUGUCGAUAUUUACUUGUACUUGAACAUUUAAUUAUUGAUAAUGAUAAACAACAGCAACAUAUUGGAACUCCAAAUAAUAAAAAACAAAAACGAUCGGUUCAAACAUGUCAAAUUGAUUGGUAUAUUAAUGAAAGAGAUGAAAUACUUCAUUUAUUUACAAAUUUAAUUAAACUUGAUCUUCGACAGUUUUGGCAUGAAACAGAAAGAUUAGAAGAUCAACAAAUUGGAAGUACAAUCGUUGAUGUAUGUUUAACCAUUAUUCGAAAUAAUCAAUUUUCAUCACGUGCAAGAACAGUGAAAGAUUAUUUAUCAUUUAUAUUAGCAUUAACAAUUGGACAAUUUCGUAUUGAAGAAGAAACUAGUAUGAAAAUGAUUCAAAUGCUACAAAUUCAAGAACAUACAGCAACAAUCUUUUCAGCUGUUAUUGUUUGUCAUGUAAAACAUUUUCGAACUGAUACUUUAUUAGAAAGAAUUAUUAAUGAUAUUUGUCUUCUUUGUCUUUCUCCAGCAAUUGCUCCAACAUCUACAUCUAAUCAUUCUUCUUCCCGUUCAAAUACAUCUAUAUUAAAUAAUCAAACAGAAACAAAUAGUUCUCGAACUAUGGCUAAACUACUUGAUGAAUUAUCAACACAUAUAUGUGAUCAUUUAAUAAUAUAUAUUAAUCGUUUACUUGAUUUAUUCGAUAGUGAUUGUUUACAAAUGCGUAAUUGUUUAUUAAAUAUUUGUGUAAAUAUUAUACGUUAUUGUUCAUCAUUAUCUGAAUAUAAAGAAUUACGUGGUGAAUUAUUUUUAUUAAUUAUUGAUCAAUAUUUUCUUGAUUCUAAUGUACAUGUACGAUCACAUGCUAUUGGAUUAUGUAUAAAUUUAGUUGAAUCAAAAUUAAUUCCAACUAAAUUCUAUUGCCAUUUAACACAAGCAACUAUUGAAAGAAUGAAUGAUAUAUCAUGUAUUGUAAGAAAACAUGCUAUACAACUUGCAACGAAAUUACUUAAAUUUAAUCCUUAUAUUGAUCGAUUUCUUCCAAUUGAUGUAAUGCUCGAUGAAUAUAAUACUGAAAUGAAUAAAUUAGUUCAAUUACAAAAAUUAUUAGGACAAACAUUAAAAGUAGAAAAUAUUCCAGUUGAUACGGAUAAAAUCCAUGACAAUGAAAAAGAAAAUGAUCUUGAUAAUCAACAUCUUUUAUUUGAACGUAUUGUUGAACAACAACAAAAUGUUUGUUCAAUGUAUUUAGUUGAUGAAUCAUUACCAUCAUUUGAACUUUAUAAUGCUGAAAUGAGUAAAUUAAUACAACUACAAAGUAGACUUAAUAAUUGUUUAGCAAAAACAUGCGACAUUGAAGUUAUUGAUGAUGAAGAACCAACAGAAAAAGCUACAAGAUUAUUUGAUAAUAUGGUUAAACAAUCAAAACUUGUAACAUAUUUACAUAAUGCAACUGAUUUUUGUAAUCUUUUACGAAGAUUUCUUGCUAAAGAAACUUUUUAUCUACUUAGUUCAAAAGUAACAAGUGAUGUUCUUGAAAUAAUUGAUUUUCUUGUUUUGUGGUCAACAUUCGAAUGUCAAUCAAAUGUAUAUAAAAAACUUGAAAAACAUUUAUUUUCAUUGAUUUGGUCAAAUGAUAAAAAUAUUUCCAAUGCUGUUAUUAAUGCAUUUAAAAGAAUUUGUUUAAAGAUCGAUGAAGAAAAUACUGAUGAAAAAAUAUCAUCAAAGCGAAUAAUUGAAAAAUUACUCGAUCAAAUUGAUUUAAAUUUAACAUUAACAUUUGAACAUAUUCUUAAACAACUUCUGAACGAAUCAACUUCAACAACAGCAAAUUUUUUUUCGUUUAUUGAAGUUCUUCUUGAUUAUUAUUUAAAAUUAACAACAGAUAAUUCAAAAAAAAAUUUAUCAGAUGACUUUUUUAAACAAAUUCAACAACGUCAAAAUUCAUUUUUACAAUUAAUAUCAUUUGCUAUACCAUAUGAUAAAAAACAUCGUUUAUUAUCACAUUUAAAUUCAAUUAUACAAAGUCUUAUACAUCAACUAGAUAAAGAUGAUUUAGAUUAUUUUUAUUAUCAAAUGCAAAUUAUAGCAAAUUUAUUAGUAAGAAAAACUUCAUAUGAUAUUCCAAAUGAAUUUUAUGAUUUAAUUAUUAAAAAAUUACUUGAAUCAAAUAUACAAUCGGAACAACAAUCAUGGAUUAAUUGUAUGAAACAAAUUUUAAAUAUUAUAUUUCUUAAAGAACCUCGACAAAUAUCAGCAAAUGAUUUCCUAAUGAAAUUUCUUCGUUUAUUAGCUGAGAAAAUAAAUUGGCCUCUAGAAUAUCUGGAUUAUCAAACGAAAAUUAUGGAUAAAUCAUGGCGAGUAAUAUUCAUUCGAUUAUUAGCAACGAUAAAUGCUUUUUUAACUCAUCGUGUACAAAAAUAUGAAUGUACAAAUUUAUCAUUAAUAAAAAAAAUUCAAAAAGAAAAAAAUCAUUCAGUUAUAAAUGAUGAUGAAAAUGAAAUUGAUAAUGAAAAUAGUUUACUAUCAUCAUCAACAUUAUCAGUAUCACGGCAAUUAUUUGAUGAAGAAGAUGAAGAAAAAAAUGAUAAUGAAGAAAAUAAUCAUUUUAUGCAACAACAAAACUCAGAUCUAAGUCAUUUAGAACAAGAAUUAUUUCAAACAAAUUCAAUUUUUUAUUCAAUUGACAAAUGGAUGGAAUUAUUUAUUCAUGAAGAUCAUUCAUCAUAUGAUGAAAAUCUUGUUCUAACAAGUAUUUUAACUUGUACUCGUAUGAUGUAUGUUUCACCUAAUCUCUGUUCAAAAUAUGUCGAUCGAAUCUUUGAACUUUGUAAAUUAUGUUCAUAUUCAUCUGUACGUUCUGCUUUAAUUGUUUCUCUUGGUGAUUUACUUCUUCGACAUCCAAAUAUAAUUGAACCAUAUACACCACAAUUUUAUGCACAAAUUCAUGACAAAGAUUUAAAUGUUGGUGAAACAGCAUUAUGUACUAUAGCUAUACUUAUUCUACGAGAAAUGAUAAAAGUUCGUGGUUAUAUUAGUGAAAUAGCUUUAUGUUUAUUUCAUUCUCAUACACCAAUAUCAAGUAUUGCUCAACAUUUUUUUGAUGAAUUAUCUUUACGACAACGUGGUCUUGCUUUAUUUAAUGUUUUACCUGAUAUAAUUUCACGUUUAUCAAUGAAUAAUAUAUGUUCACGUGAUUUAUUUCAACAGAUUAUUUCACAUCUUUUUUCAUUUAUUAAAAAUGAUCGUCAUUGUGAAAUAUUAGUUAAACGUCUUUGUCGACAAUUUAAACAAGCUUGUGGUGAUGAUCGAAAACGUGCUAAUGUUGCAUUUUGUCUUAGUAAAUUAAAUAUAAAAACAAUAGCAUCAUAUCGUAUAUUAAAAGAAAAUUUUCCGAAUGCAACAGAAUCAACUGAACAAAAUGAAGAUGAUUAUGAUAAAGAAGAACAUUUAGCAUGGAAAAAAUAUCUUAUGCCUGUACUUAAUGAUAUUGAACGACGUUUAAAACCUACGGAAGUUAGUACACCUCGUCGUACUCCAUCAUCAACAACACCAAAACGAAAAAAUGAUCGUUCAUCUUAA